AUGCACUAUACUGCCAAGAAUGUGAGGGCGUUUAAGAAGAAAGAUGGAGAUGCAUGUCAGAUGCUAGUAGAUGUUCGCAAUGCCCAAGUCAAGAAGAAGACUAAGACGAUCAUUAACCUCCCGGAGCGCAACAACUUGCAAGAGACCCUCGAGAUCUUCUGUGAUGGAGCUCCCAAGCUGCGAUAUCUGCUACUCCUAAUCGUCGACAAGGUAGUGAAGGGCCAGAAGAAGAUGAUGAUUUGGGUAAAUCCCCCAGCCCAGCAGAUAUGGCUCGAAAAGAUAUUGCGAAUGGUGGGACUCGAUUUUCCAGAUUUCUGCGAUGGGGCCAAACCUAUACGGACAAUGCCAUUUCUGCGUCUUCCUGGAGCCAGAGUGCAACCUGCAAGUAGAAGACCAAGCUCUCCACCGACUUGUCUGUGCGGAGAAGAACACUGGGUGCAGCUGGUCCGCUUACUUACCCAUGACAGUUUCAAUACUCAGCAGCACGGCAAUCAGAUCGUAAAGUCCCUGGCAGGGUUGAUGGCAUCGCUGAACAUGCUGGAGUUUGGAGACGAAUCCUGA